UUAUGAUUUAUGCAAUGCAAUUUUGCUUAUAUUUUGUUUCGGAUUUUGUAAAUUCAAAGUUAUUUACUAACGGAACCGUUUAUUAAUUUGCUUUUAAAUAUUUAUAGUUAUUGAUAAAAGUUUAAACGACAGCUAUAUAAAUUCGUGUUUAUUUCCAAUUCUACUCGUUUUGCGUCACGUGAUCAAAGCGCGGGAAAAAUUAUUGUUAGAUCUUCUCGUUGAAUGAGUUUUGUGUUAUUUCCCUGUUGACCAUGGAAGCGAAACAAUCGACUCUCACGAACUACUACAACGCUCGAAAGAAAAACAGUCAGACGAAAUUAGUUCAAGAUAAAUCUGUGAAUGAAAAUGCUGUGGCGAUAAAGCUAACCAAAGAGAGUAGUAGUAAAUUAAGUCCUGUUCAAUCGAAAAAUAUAUCUCGAUCUAAAAGAUACAACCCGACUCGAACGUCUGUCGUCGAAUUACUCGAUACUUGCAACGAACAAAGCACUAAAUUGGAAUCACCGAAAAGUAAGAAUCAAAUAAAACCCGAGACACCACCUUUCUGUCAUAAGACCCAAGACAAUCGACUCAUUUGUUCCCCGUCCAAAAGAAAACACACAGAAACCUUGCCCGACCAAAAUACAAGGACCCCUGAAUCAAAUAAUGAAUUUACAAUUAUCAAACCUACGAAAUCGGCUCGGAAGCGGUUACCUUUAUUUGACGAAAAAGAUAAGGAAACGGAGCCAAAUGAAUUACCAGAAGAAAAAACCAAAGAUAUCGAAUCUAAUAUUGAGGAGGAAAAAGAACUUGAAGACAGUAAUUUCUGGGAGUUAGAAUUUCCUUUAGUGAGCAAUAUACCUAGGCCCAUUUCUCCUUUGCCUGAAACUCCUCAAAAGUUACGAAGAAUGCGGUCACAACAGAUGUCCGUACACAGCCAGACUACAGAAUCUGGUUCAAAUGACAGCAAAGAACUUCAAAAAGCAACAGAUCCUGUAAAAACUACUACAGUCAGACAGCUAAAUUUAACACCAGAAAAAGUCAAAAUUGAUCUCAUGAAAUGUAGUAAAGUGGAAGAACUGAAGAAGCAAUUACUGUUAAUUAAGGAACUCAAAGCUGCAACAAAAUCCAAAGAAAAACCUAAAAGCUCAUCCUGUAAGACUCAACCUGAAUUUGAAAAAGAGAAGUCUGACUCAGUUAACAAGACUCCUGCUUAUAAACGGUUCCAGCAUCUUAUUUUGCCAAUACCAUCUACACUCACCCUCCCUUAUUCCUAUACAGUCUUAGAGGAAUUCUUUCAAAGAGUAGAUGAUGUUGUCCGCAUGUUACACAACCGCUUAGAAGUUUGCACUUUUUCCAAGCUCAAAGAUGCUGUUGAAAAAAGUCUCAAAAGAGAUUUUAAGCAAGAGGUUCUUGGUCAAAUAAAAACUGUAUACCCUAAUGCAUAUGACUUCAAACAAGAAAAAGGUCUUCCAAAACUUGGUUACAAAUAUCAGGGCUACCAACUGACUAUCACCCCCCAAUUAGAAGAAUCCAAUAUGGAGAACAGCAAUCCUGAAAAUGGCAACCCGCAUCUUACAGCCACUCAUUUCAUUGCCAGAAAGAAAAUGUUCCAUGCCAAUUUGGUGAAGAGCGUCAUGACGUUGCAUAAAGAAUUCCUGAAAAGCCUACCAAAGCCUAUGACAGUUUCUGAUGACAGACUUAUUCGUUGGCAUCCUAAGUUCCGAUUAGACCAAGUACCUGACAUUCAACCUUCUCCUUUACCCCAGCCUCCGUAUGUCAAGGUUUAUCAAACUGCUCAUGAGGUUUUAAAUGCAACAAGGGGGAAACUACACCCUAAGGUGGAAAGUGCUUUGAUAAAUGUUUCAAAGGCUAAUAGCUCACCCAAUAAACCAUCUACACCAAAAGUUGAUACAUCAAUCAAAGGAAUCCCCUCUGGGUUACUUGAAAGAAUCCGGGCAAAGGAAACAAAACGCUUAGAAGAAACCAUUACUCAAACUCCUUUAAAAGCUCAGAGAGAAGCAAUGCUGAAACGACUGCCUACUAUUUAUCGUAUUAUGCGAACUUAUUUUAUUACAGAGAGAAAAACUACUCUUCUUUUUAAUGUAGUUGUUGAAAAGAUUUGUGAAAGUUAUACAUCCUCAAUUUCUAAAGUUGAUGCUGAAAAGCAUUUGGAACUAUUGCUAGAAGUAGCACCAAGCUGGAUUUCCAUGGCCACCACACAGAAUGGCAAAUACCUAAAACUAAAUCGAACAGUUAAACUGCAAGAUGUCCAGGAGAAAAUAAAUUUGUGCUGUAAAAAAUUAACACAGUGAACAUUUCACACAGUUUUCUGUUUUCUGAAGCUAUUUUAAACUGCUGCAUUUGAUUUUAAUUAGACUUUCAAUGUUUCCUUUGAAAACAGUAAAUAAUGAAUAUAUUUAGUAAUCUCACUGAUUAUUUUAAACUUGACUCCUGAAAAAUCAAGAAAUACUUUAACAUGCCAAUAAUGUUCACACAUAUUGAUUAUAAUUUUAAAACAUCAAAUCAAGAUUAUUUUUCAUUUUAAAUUCAAUGUUCAUCCCAUCAUUUGUAGAAACUCUUUCAUAAUUUAAAAAUUUUAUUUUUGUUGAAAUAUAAAAUUUUCU